AUGAAUAUGUUCAUUAAUAUGAUUAUCGGACAAACUGUAUAUGCAUUGAAGUCAUGUUCAAUUCGUCAAAAUGAACAAUUACCAAGUGGUCCAGCAUGUCUUGUUGUUUCAACAAUAAUUCGACGUAUUCCAACAGAAACUUCAUCUUUUUAUCAAGUUUAUCAUUUGACACCUUUACCAGUUUUCUUUAAUGGUGACAAAUAUAUCUACUCUGACUUACCGAAAAUAUUCGGUUUCAACAAAAUCGAAAAAAAAGUUAUACUAUGGGACGAUGAUAAUUUUUCAACUGUCUGCACAUUUUCGAAAAUAAUACAAUGUCGCAAUCAACUUAUGAAUAUUCCAUUAUCUACCGUACCAUGUCUUGAUGAACUCAUGAAUACUGAAUCCUCAUCCAUUAGCAAGUGUCAAGUGACUAGAUCAAAAAAUAUUCAAUCCAAUCUUAUCAAUAUUAAAAGUAAUAUAUGGUAUGUUUUUUCAAGUGGAGAAUCUUUUGAAUGUGAAUCACAAUCAUUAUCAAGUCCAAUAUCCGAUAUUAUAUCUGUUAAAGAGCCGAUGAUUGUAACAUUUCCAUGUGACAAACCAGUACGAUGUUCGAAUAUUCAAUUACCACCAACUACAUGUAUUAACACUACUGUUAUGAUCACAACAAAAUAUAAUACUACAUUGAAGAAACAAUCCGUUCCUGUAAUUCUCUUUAACAAAAUUACUGAUAGACUCGUCUCAAUUUACAAAACGGCAGCAAUGGAAGCACUAACUCAAUUACAAAUCGAAAUUGACAACAAUCAAUUGUGGAUUAAAAGAAUUCUUAAACAAUUUGGAAAUACUUUACUGUCAUUGUUCGCAUAUGUUCUCUUAAGUAUUACUCUGUUGGUCAUUAAAAUCUCCGGACGUAAAAACAACAAACAAAUGGAAAAUAUCCAAACUCAAAUCAAUAGAAUAAAACGUGAUGUAUUACAAGAAAUAUGA